GUGAACGGUCAUCAUUUUCUGAUCUUGAUCUUUGUGGCGAUUGGUGGAGAAGUGGUUUACAUCACGAGAGGGUUAAGGGUCACAGAUCAGAAAUGAUUUAUGGUUUAUGAACCAUACAUGUCUCAGAAGACACUUUCUCUUGGUAAAAGUGCUUUCUGACAGUCCAUUUGUCAUCUCUCACCAUGGUUACCGUCCAUCUGUCCGUUGUCUGUUAUCUGCUGGCUGUGGUGUCUGUGACCUGUGGUCCAGUUGAAGAGGAGAACCCAGAGUUCUGGAGGAGUUUAGCACAAAGUACACUGCGUUCAGCUCUCGCCAGAAGACAAAACACUAAUGUAGCCAAAAAUAUUGUGCUGUUUCUCGGAGACGGUAUGGGUGUGACCACCAUCACAGCUGCCCGGAUCCUGAAGGGUCAGAUGGAGAACCGUACAGGAGAAGAGACCGUCAUGAACAUGGACACAUUCCCAUACGUGGGCCUUGCAAAGGUCUACUCUGUGGAUUUUCAGAUACCAGACAGUGCGUCUACUGGUACUGCAUAUCUGUGUGGGGUGAAAACUAAUCUGAAUACUGUGGGUGUGAAUGCAGCCGCUCGUAACGGCGUCUGUCGCUCACAGAAGGGAAAUGAAGUCACAUCCAUCCUUAAAUGGGCUAAAGAUGCAGGGAAGUCUGUUGGCAUUGUGACGACGACUCGUGUUCAACACGCCACACCUGCAGCUUCAUACGCUCAUAGUGCCAGCCGCACGUGGUACAGCGAUGCUGAUCUCCCGUUAUCUGCUGUCAAUGAAGGAUGUGUGGAUAUUGCCGUUCAACUGAUCACAAACACUGACAUUGAUGUGAUUAUCGGAGGCGGUCGGAAGUACAUGACACCUAAAGGAGAUCCAGACCCCGAGUAUCCCACCGAUGUGAGCUCACAGGGUCAAAGAAAAGACAAGCGAAAUUUGAUAAAUGAGUGGCUCGGCAUGAAGCAGGAGAAGGUGGCCAGAUUUGUGUGGAAUAAGACUGACUUUGAUGCUGUAGACCCAGAAAAAACGGAUUAUCUGAUGGCUCUCUUUGAGCCGGGCGAUCUGAGGUAUGAUGUGGAGAGAGACAGCCGCAUGGAUCCCUCGAUCAUAGAGACAACAGAGAAAGCCAUCAAGAUCCUUCAAAAAAAUCCAAAUGGAUUCUUCCUGCUUGUGGAGGGUGGACGUAUUGAUCAGGGUCAUCACGAGAGUCGAGCUUCGAUGGCACUGCAUGAAGCGGUUGCUCUUGACAACGCUGUAGCUCGGGCCCUAGAGCUGACCAAUGAGAACGAUACUCUGACAAUUGUGACGGCUGACCACUCCCACUCAUUUAACUUUAAUGGGUAUCCUUUCAGAGGAAACAACAUUCUGGGUAAAUCUCCUGUCUUUGGACUGGACUUCUUACCCUACACCACCCUGAUGUACGGAAACGGCCCGGGACACAAAAUCGAAAACAACAAGCGUCCAGACAUCCGCAAGGUUGACACAACCAAUAAGGACUAUGUUCAGCAGUCAGCUGCUCCGCUGGAUACUGAGACUCAUGGAGGAGAAGAUGUGGCCCUGUUUGCUCAUGGUCCCAUGGCUCAUCUCUUUCAGGGUGUCUAUGAGCAAAACUACAUCGCACACGCCAUGGCCUACGCAGCAUGCAUCGGUGCCAAUCAGCAACACUGCACUCCAGUCCUGCCCACAAAUACUGAUCCAGGAAGCGCCGCCCCAGACACGCCCCUCUGGAGUGUGAUGUCACUGCUGUUGAGCGUGAUGACGGCAGUUCUGUUGUACUGAGAGAGACGAUUUCAAUUAUUCAUCAAUUAAUCAUCACAAAUGAUCUGGUUUAUAACAAAUU